CUUCUUUCGUGGACACCCUUGACCUUGAGGAGAGGGAGCAUAGCCACCUUGUUCACUUUGCAAAAGAACCCCUCUACCCUUCUUCUCCAAUCUGUCUUGUGCUUGUCUCUCAUUUGCCCCUUAGCCCUCUUGGUGCACACCUUGGACAAUUAUGUUUUCUAAAUGUAGUAGUACGCUGUAAAAAAAUCAAAAGAAUUUUCAUAUGAUAAAAGUAGUAAUAUUAUUUUCAGUGACAAAUAUGAAUACUUUUGUGCAUCUUAUUAUAGGCACUCAAAAGCAACAUCCAUUUCUAUUUAAGAAAGGAUGAGUAACUGGAAUGCAGUUUGUUGACGCUGCAGCCAGGUCGAUGCAAUGCCAGCAUGAGUUUUCCGGCAAUGAGCGCAACUCCCGAAACUAAAAACCAAAAAAACAUGGAUGGACACCCAUGAAAUGCAAUGCAAUGCAAUGCAUGCCCUUGAGAAAAAGCCUUUAAAAGAAGAAGAAGAUGAAGAAGAGGAGGAGGAGGAGAGAUAGAAGAUGUUGAGCUGGCUUCGUCGCUUCCCUCACGACAGAAAGGUCAACACCAGCAGCAACGCCGGCAGGAGGACCUCCUCCUCCACCUCCUGGAGGAACAAGAGCAACAGCUUCACCGCCCGGAUCAUCCGCUGCGCCUCCACUGUCGUCGACACUCAACAUGAUGGAGACCAGCAGCAGCAGGAAAAGGACGAUGAUGGCGCCUGCAGCUUGCCUCCUCCUAGUUACAAUGACGACGGCGUCAUCUCAGCGCGGGCCUGCUCGUUCCGCGAGCUGGCCGUAGCCACGGGCGACUUCCGUCAGGACAACCUCAUCGGCGAGGGCGGCUUCGGCCGCGUCUACAAGGCCCGCCUACUCAUCGGCGCGCACCAGGAGGAGCAGGUGGUGGCCGUGAAGCAGCUGGACCGCAACGGCGCGCAGGGCAACCGCGAGUUCGUGGUGGAGGUGCUCAUGCUCAGCCUCCUGCAGCACCCCAACCUCGUCAACCUCGUCGGCUACUGCGCCGACGGCGAACAGCGCCUGCUCGUCUACCCGCUCAUGCCGCUCGGCUCCCUCGAGGACCACCUGCUGCUGCGGGGCAAGGACAAGAAGGCUGCUCUGCCGUGGCGCACGAGGAUGAGGAUCGCUCACGGCGCGGCCCGGGGCCUGGAGUACCUGCACGACAGGGCCGUCAUCUACCGCGACCUCAAGUCAUCCAACAUCCUCCUCGACGACGACUACAGCCCCAGGCUCUCCGACUUUGGCCUCGCCAGGCUCCUCCCAGCCCCGCGCACCGACUCCUCCUCAUCGUCCUCCUCCUCCUCCUCCUCCUCCUCGAGGGUGAUGGGCACGUACGGGUACUGCGCACCGGAGUACCUACGGACGGGGCAGCUCAGCGCCAAGUCGGACGUGUACAGCUUUGGGGUGCUGCUGCUGGAGCUCAUCACCGGCCGGCGAGCCAUCGACACUAGCCGGCCGGAUGGCGAACAGAGCCUGGUGGCAUGGGCGGCGCCGAUGCUCGGCGAGCCGAGGAGGUUCCAGCAUGAGCUUGUGGACCCUCGGUUGGUGAUGGCGAUGCAGGGACCUGCGGCCGCCGAGCUGAACCAGGCGAUGGGCGUGGCGGCGAUGUGCUUGCAGGAGCACCACUCCCUGCGCCCCGUCAUGGCCGACGUCGUCAUGGCCCUCUCCUUCCUCGCCACCGAUUCUGCUUCCUGCUGACACACCACUGCUUGGAAUUAAUCACAAAUUCACAUUGGCUAUCUAAAUUUUUCUUCUUUCAAUGUAAAAAUGGAGAAGAAAUUACGGCCAGUCAAAAUUUGGGCACGUACGUACGCAAGCAAGAUUUCGUGGAUUAGAACGAGAGGCUUGGCUCCUGGAUCAAACUGUCACAUUUCUUUGUAUAUACGAGCUUUUGCUUCGUCAGCAGUAGUUUUCCUUUGCAAUGCUGAGCACUAUUUU